UAACGGAUUUGGGAAUAAGGGUUUGCAGGGUUUGUUUCUUCACCUCACAAUACUCAGUUACACUCCACAUCUUUGCCUUUACAACCUUGUAUAUGUUUAUUGCUUGUUUCAAACGGGAGAGGCAGUUUCUCUUCAUUUGUGCCCGGACAGCGCGCAGGGUAAACUCAGAGGAUGAAAGACUCGGACCAAACGAGACGGCUCUCUCUCCUUUAUUUAACCAAACAGACAAAUUAACUCAGAUCCGCGUCUGCUUUAUUACAAUGACGGCCUGGCAAGUGGCAAAAGGCCUUUAGGAUGAAAGUUGCGAAGCGUCUCCCUCUCCUGCUGGGCUGCUGGACUCUCAUUUACCUGGAUCCCGUCUUCGCUUCACUCAGCCGGACCAGGCCGACCGACAACCACCACCGGCGGGGAGAGGCGGCGGAGCGCACGGCAGGCGGCGGGGAAGGUGACCAAUCCCGUGUGGGGGCCGGUGGGGGAAUCGGUGGGUCGGCAGUGGCCACGGGCAGGCAACCGGUGGCCGUUUCUGGACUGUGGAAACCUUCACCGGGGAGUCCGGCGAGGAUCACGCGUAUUCGUGCGGGGCCCCCGUUAAUCAAGGGCGAAACGACGGUCGUUAAAGCGGUGAGCCUGGGGCGCAAAGAGGCUGUGCGCUCCUGGCUGCCCGGCACCGGCGGGGAUGCUCACAUGAAAGCGCACGCCCCCGCGGCGUUUCUCGCACACACGGCGGGAAAAGUAGCCGGGGCAGCGGGGACUGGAGGUGGAAACGGAGGUCCAGUAGGAAAGAAUUCCGCGAAACCUGCUGCCAGAGCGGGAGCAGCGGCGCCCACGCGCACCGGCUCUACUCCCAGAGCCUCCGGUGCGCAAAAGCAGCAGCAGCAGCAGCAGUACGCGGCUCAGGUGGCGCAGCGUGGCGUCGGUAACAAGGCACCACCGGGCAAAGCCAGCGACCGGGAGGCGCAUCAUAAGCAGCCGCUAGUGACUCCUCACGACUACAUGCUGUCGCUGUACUGGUCUCUGUCCACCGGAGAGCUGAACAGCAGCGCGCUGCACGAAGCAGGCUUGGCCAACACCAUCACCAGCUUCGUGGAUAAAGGGCAAGAUGAGCGCGGGCCCCAGCUGAGACGGCAAAAGUACCACUUCAACAUCAGCUCAUUGGAACGAGACGGACUCCUGGGGGCUGAACUACGCAUCCUGAGGAAGCGCCUGUCUGACCCCCGCAGAGCCUCAAACACAGGGCCGGGAUCAACAGCCGUCGGUGGAGGUGGGGGAGGGGGUGGAGGAGUGUUUUCGCCCUGCCUGAAGCUGUACACCUGCGCUUCAGGUAAACAGAAGGCUUUACUGCUCCAGACGAGGCCCCUGGAGGAUCUGGCCGGCGGAGGUGGAAUCAGCAGCAAGUGGGAGGUGUUUGACAUCUGGAAAGUCUUCAAGGGUUUCAGAAACCAGCAGAGCCAGCACGCCCAGCAGCUGUGCUUUGAACUGGAGGCCGUGGAGCACCGAGGUGGACGUCCCAUGGACCUGCGGGCUCUGGGGUUUGGCCGACCUGGGCGGACCAACAAGGAGAAGGCCUUCUUCCUGGUGUUCGGCAAGACUAAGAAGCGCGACCUCUUCUACAACGAGAUCAAGGCGCGGUCGGGCCACGACAACAAAACUGUCUAUGAGUACCUGUUCACGCAGCGGAGAAUGCGCCGAGCUCCCGCUGUGAGGGGGGCUAAAAAGCCACCGCAGCAGUCACCACAGCAGUCUGUGCCACCGCACCAGGCGGUGAAGACGCAGACGAAGCCGCGGUGCCACCGGAGGCAGCUCCAUGUCAACUUCAAGGAGAUGGGCUGGGACGACUGGAUCAUAGCGCCACUGGAGUACGAGGCCUUCCACUGCGACGGCGUCUGUGACUUCCCCAUCCGCUCGCACCUCGAGCCGACCAACCACGCCAUCAUACAGACCCUCAUGAAUUCCAUGGAUCCGGAGUCGACCCCACCCACCUGCUGCGUCCCGACACGCCUCAGCCCCAUCAGCAUCCUGUACAUUGACUCGGCCAACAACGUCGUCUACAAGCAGUACGAAGACAUGGUGGUGGAGACGUGCGGGUGCAGGUAGCAAUGAAAGGCAAGA